CGUAUGUGUUACAUGUCGAAUGCCCACCCAUCUUCUCCAGACCUUUGGCACUCGUCGCAAUAAAAGGAGCCUCGUGAGGAGACCGGUGUUCAGAUUAAACCUGUCACUGCUGCUCUGAACACUCUCACCUGAAACAGUGACUUCUCCACCAUGUGGCUCUUGAUUUUCUUAGUCUGGUUGGUUAUAUGGGCCGGUGGCACAUACUGGUACCUGUUUGGGAAGCCGAGCCCGUUCUCCCUGGAGUCAGUGAGACCGCCUGGACCUCGAGAGUUUGAUCAGAAGAAGCGGGACAAAGUUAUCAAGCAAGGAUUCAACCUUGACAAAGUGCCCGAAAACCUGGAUGUCAUUGUCAUCGGGAGCGGUAUCGGUGGGCUGACAGCCGCAGCCACACUGGCCAAAGCAGGGAGGAGAGUCCUGUUGCUGGAACAACACGACCAGGCGGGAGGCUGCUGCCACACCUACAUAGAGAAAGGCUUCGAGUUUGAUGUUGGGCUUCACUACAUUGGUCAGGUCCACGAGAACAGUCUGCUGCGCAUCGCCUUCGACCAGAUCUCUGAGGGCCAGUUGGAGUUCCAGGAACUAAAUCAACACUUUGACACCAUCCAGAUUGGCCUGGGCGACCAGAAACGAGAGUACACCAUCUUCUCCGGUAAAACUGAGAUGAAAGCCCACCUGAUGAAGCAAUUCCCUGAUGACACAGAGGCCAUCGAGACAUUCUUCAAAAUCAUGAAGAUCUCAGCGAAGAAGACUCACUACCUGGCAACUCUAAAGCUGAUCCCACAGUGGGUGUCUUUAUUGCUGCUGAAGUCAGGCAUCGGAAACCUCGUCACCCCGGUCUUCCGCCUCACUGGCACAUGUGCAACAGACUUUGUGAACACCCUGACCAGCAACAAGGACCUCCACGUCAUCUUCUCUUAUCUUUUCUACGGCGUGCCUCCAAAGGACUCCAGUGUUCUGAUCAAUGCCCUCCUGAUUCAUCACUACAAACGAGGUGCCUACUACCCUAAAGGUGGUGCCAGUGAGAUCGCCUUCCACAUCAUCCGCACCAUUCAGAAAUACGGAGGAAACUGCCUGGUCAGAGCUCCAGUCACCCAGAUCCUGGUUAAUGAUAAGGGAGCAGCUUAUGGUGUGAAAGUGAGGAAAGGUCAGGAGGAAGUGGAGGUUCAUGCACCUGUGGUUGUUUCAAACUGUGGCAUCUUCACCACCUUCCAGAAACUUCUUCCCCCUGAGAUUCGUGUCAAGACAGAUAUCCAGGAGAGACUGAACAUGAUGAAACAUGGCAGAGGAUCGUUCUUGGUCUUCUCUGGCUUUGAUGGAACUGAAGAAGAGUUGGGUCUCCAGUCCACCAACUUCUGGCUGUUCAAGAACAACGAUAUGGACAAGUCGAUGGAGGACUUCUUUGCAUUGAGCAAAGAAGAAGCACCGGAUAAUAUUCCCAUGAUGUUCAUCACAAUGCCAUCUUCCAAAGACCCAGAAGCCAAAAUAAGACAUCCUGGAAAAUCUUGCAUGACCAUACUGACGAUGGUGAAGUAUGAAUGGUUUGAGGAAUGGACGGACACUACGGUGCGCAAAAGGGGCGACGAAUACUACAACUACAAAAUGAGAUUUGCUAAGAACCUCUUCGACUGGGCCUGUACUUUGUUCCCUAAAAUCAAAGACAAGUUGGUUUUCCAGGACGUGGCGACCCCGCUGACCAACAUACACUAUCUGGGUGCCCAGCGCGGAGCCAUGUACUCCGCAGAGCACAACCUGGAGCGUUUCCAUGCCGAGGCUGUGGCGAGGAACAGGUGCAACACCCCCGUCAAAAACCUCUACAUCUCAGGUCAAGACGUAUUCAGCUGUGGGAUAGCAGGCGCUCUGCAUGGAGGACUCCUCUGCGCCUCUGCAGUGUUGGAUCACAUCGUCUACAUUGACUUGCUCCUCCUCAAGAAGAAGCUGAAGAAGAGGAAAGCCAGAGAGUUGGCCCAGCUGGCUAAGAAGAAACUGCAGUGAGAGCGCUCUCUACUUCUCCUGCAGGACGAUAGUGAAACUGCACAGAUGCACAAAUGCACAGAUGCUAAAGGACCUUUGAUUGUUGUGGGAAGCUUAAAGGAACAAACCAGCACCCAAUCCCAGAUCUAUUCUAUAUAACAAUAUCAUAAAGUCUACGUAUACUAAUGCCAAUCCAGAAUAAUAAUAUGUUCCUGGUAGACCAUUUAGUCUUGUGAUAUAUGCCAACAUACCAGCAUGAUAAAAUACACAGCUGGUUCUAUUUCUCGGUGAGAAAUAUUCAAACGUAUUCAAAGCUUCGCGGCGCGUUGCGGUGCAUCACAUCGCAUGUUCUUCUGUCUGUCUGUC